AUGAUUUGCUUAUGGUUCUUACCCCUUCUUACUUACGGCCUUACAAGACUGCAGGGGGUGAAUUGUUGGACAUACCAUUAUUCAGACACAAACAUGACCUACAGGGAAGCAGAGCUGUGGUGCAAAGAGAGGUAUACUAACAUGGUUGCCAUUCAGAAUAAGGAGGAAAUCAACUAUCUCAAUAACUUCUUACCCUUCAAUCCGAGUUACUACUGGAUUGGAAUCAGAAAAAUUAAUGAGGUAUGGACCUGGAUUGGAACUAACAAAGAACUGACAGAAGAGGCAGAAAACUGGGCUUCUGGUGAGCCAAAUGGAAAAGGGAACAACGAGGACUGCGUUGAAAUCUACAUCAAAAGAGGAAAGGAUGAUGGAAAAUGGAAUGAUGAAAAGUGUGAGAAAAAGAAGGUUGCCCUGUGCUACACAGCUUCUUGCAACCCAUCUCUCUGCAGUGGCCGUGGUGAAUGCAUAGAGACUAUUAACAACUACAGCUGCCAUUGUAACCCUGGAUUCUAUGGGCCUGAAUGCGAAUUUGUUGAGACUUGUGAUCCACUAGAGAAACCUGAUCAUGGGAGCCUUGAGUGCAGCCAUCCAUUGGAGAGCUUCAGCUACAACUCAUCCUGCACAGUGCAGUGUGAGGAAGGAUAUGAACUGACUGCAUUGGCAUCUGUAUAUUGUACCUCUUCUGGGGUCUGGUCUGCCCCCCUUGCAGCAUGCAAAGCUGUGACAUGUCCUGCCUUAGAAAAGCCUGCUCAUGGAGCUGUGAACUGCUCCCACCCCUCUGCAGAGCUCACCUGGGGUACCACCUGUGCGUUCACUUGUGAGGAAGGGUUCACCCUGACAGGACCAGCCACACUGCAGUGUGAGUCUUCUGGGGCCUGGGACAAGCAGCAGCCAUCCUGUGCAGCUGUGAGAUGUGAGGCUGUAGCCAGGCCAGAAGGAGGCUUUGUGACCUGUGACCACGUUGCUGCAGAUCUCACCUAUCGUUCACGCUGUGAUUUCCACUGCAGUGAGGGCUAUGUUCUGGAUGGCCCCUCCAGCACUGAGUGCACAGCACAGGGGCAGUGGUCAGAGCCAGCACCAAAAUGCAAAACUGUGACAUGUCCUGCCUUAGAAAAGCCUGCUCAUGGAGCUGUGAACUGCUCCCACCCCUCUGCAGAGCUCACCUGGGGUACCACCUGUGAGUUCACUUGUGAGGAAGGGUUCACCCUGACAGGACCAGCCACACUGCAGUGUGAGUCUUCUGGGGUCUGGGAUAAGCAGCAGCCAUCCUGUGCAGCUGUGAGAUGUGAGGCUGUAGCCAGGCCAGAAGGAGGCUUUGUGACCUGUGACCACGUUGCUGCAGAUCUCACCUAUCGUUCACGCUGUGAUUUCCACUGCAGUGAGGGCUAUGUUCUGGAUGGCCCCUCCAGCACUGAGUGCACAGCACAGGGGCAGUGGUCAGAGCCAGCACCAAAAUGCAAAGUUGUGCAGUGUGAACCACUGAGGUCUCCUGAGAAAGGCUCCAUGGAUUGCUCACAUGGUGCUGGGAACUUCACGUACAACACAGCCUGCCUCUUCAGCUGUCUAGAAGGAUGGAGACUCAAUGGUUCUCAUGUUCUUGAGUGCAAUCAGUCAGGAAACUGGAGUGCCAGUCUGCCCACGUGUGAAGCUUCUGAACAAAUCAGCUAUGUCUCUGUGGGCAUAGCAGCCACCAGUGCCUCUCUGGUGUCCACAGCAUCAUUCCUCCUUUGGCUUGCAAGACGUUUCCAAAGAAAAGUAAAGAAAUUUACUCCUUCCAGCAGCUGCCAGAGCCUAACCACUGAAGGUAGUUUCCAAAGUGCUGGCCAGAAUGUCUAA